AUGAAUUCUGAUACUGCAUGUCGUGUAACAUCUGAUGAAAUAAUCAAAAUUUUACAAACAGAUGGUAAAUUAGGUUUAAAUGAAAAUGAAAUACAAAAUCGACGUAAAUUUUAUGGUCACAAUGAUUUUGAAGUUGAUGAUGCUGAACCAAUAUGGAAAAAAUAUUUAGGACAAUUUAAAGAACCAAUGAUAUUAUUAUUACUUGUAUCAGCAUUUCUAUCAUUAUUAAUGAAACAAUAUGAUGAUUCAAUAUCAAUAACAAUUGCAAUUAUUAUUGUUGUUACUGUUGCAUUUAUUCAAGAAAAUCGUGCAGAAAAAGAAAUUGAAGCUUUAAAAAAACUUGUUCCACCAAAAUGUACUUGCAUUCGUGAUGGAAAAAAUCAUCAGAUAUUUGCGCGAGAUUUAGUUCCAGGAGAUUUAUGUAUAUUAGAUAUUGGCGAUCGUAUACCAGCUGAUUUACGUUUAAUAGAAGUUAAUGAAAUAUCUGUUGAUGAAUCAUCAUUUACAGGUGAAACUAAGCCAUCACUUAAAACAAUUUUACCAAUUACAUUUGGUUCAAGACAAACAUCUAUUAAUGAUAGAAAAAAUGUUGUUUUUAUGGGUACACAUGUAUUAAAUGGAAAUGCAAAAGGUAUUGUAAUAUGUACAGGUGAACAUUCGGAAUUUGGAAAAGUAUUUCAAAUGAUGCAACAACAAGAAGCACCAAAAACACCAUUACAAAAGAGUAUGGAUGCACUUGGAAAACAACUUUCAUUUUAUUCAUUGAGUAUCAUUGGAUUUAUUGUCAUUGUUGGUUGGUUACAAGGACGACAUAUAUUAGAAAUGUUUACUAUUGGUGUUAGUUUAGCUGUAGCAGCAAUUCCGGAAGGUUUACCGAUUGUUGUUACUGUUACAUUAGCACUUGGUGUUCAACGUAUGGCAAAACGAGAUGCAAUUGUUAAAAAAUUACCCAUUGUUGAAACACUCGGUUGUGUAACUGUCGUAUGUUCAGAUAAAACAGGAACAUUAACAAAAAAUGAAAUGACUGUAACAAAUAUUGUUACAUCGGAUGGACAAAUUGCAGAAGUUACUGGCUCAGGUUAUAAUGGUGAAGGUGAUGUUUUAUGUAAUUUACAACGUAUUGCUUACGAUUCACAUCCAUUAAUAUCUAAAAUAAUCGAAGUUGGAGCUGUUUGUAAUAAUUCUGAAAUUAUCAACUCUCAACUUCGUGGUCAACCAACUGAAGGUGCUCUACUUGCUGUUGCUAUGAAAAUGAAUCUUCCGCAUCUUCGUGAACAAUUUCAACGUGAACAUGAAUGGCCAUUUUCACAUGAAAAUAAAUGGAUGGCUGUACAAUGUACACCCAAAUAUAAUCCAAGUGAAACACGUCUAUAUUUAAAAGGAGCUAUUGAACAAGUAUUAAAAAUGUGUAAAAAAUAUUUUUUUCAUGGAGAGACAAUACCAUUAACUGAUGAAAAAAUACGAGAAUUUAUUGUUGAAUCAAAUCAAAUGGCAGCUAAAGGAUUACGAAUUCUUGCAAUGGCUUCGGGAACAACGCUUGAUGAUUUAGUAUAUGUUGGUAUAGUUGGAAUAAUUGAUCCUGAACGUCCACAAGUCGUACAAGCUAUUUCACAAUUAAAAGCAGGUGGUGUUCAAGUUAAAAUGAUAACAGGUGAUGCUGAAAAAACUGCAAAAGCAAUUGGAUCUCGAUUAAAAAUUUAUGAAAGUUCGGAUUUAAGUAUAUCCGGAGAAGAUCUUGAUCAUAUGAGUGCAGCUGAACUUGAUAAUGCUGUUUCAAAAGCAACAAUUUUCUAUCGUGUUAGUCCAAAACAUAAAUUAAUUAUCGUCGAAAUUUUACAAGCACAAGGACAUAUUGUUGCUAUGACAGGUGAUGGUGUUAAUGAUGCAGUUGCACUUAAAGCCGCUGAUAUUGGUAUAGCUAUGGGACAAACAGGUACUGAUGUAUGUAAAGAAGCUGCAGAUAUGAUUCUUGUUAAAGAUGAUUUUUAUACGAUCAUGGCAGCAAUUGAAGAAGGUAAAGCAAUAUUUCAUAAUAUAAGAAAUUUUGUUCGAUUUCAAUUGAGCACGAGUAUUGCUGCUUUGAGUUUAAUAACACUUUCGACUGUUUUUCAUUUUCCAAAUCCAUUAAAUGCUAUGCAGAUUCUUUGGAUUAAUAUUAUUAUGGAUGGACCACCUGCGCAAAGUCUUGGUGUUGAACCAGUUGAUCAUGAUGUAUUGAGAAAACCACCGAGAAAGGUUACGGAUCCAAUGAUAAGUAAAAAAUUAAUUAUUAAUAUGGUUACAAGUGCUGCUGUAAUUGUUACUGGUACAUUAUGUGUCUUUUAUGCUGAAAUGCGUGAUGGAAAAGUAACACCACGAGAUACAACAAUGACAUUUACUUGUUUUGUCUUUUUUGAUAUGUUUAAUGCUCUUAGUUGUCGAUCUCAGACGAAAUUUAUUUUUGAAAUUGGUCUUUUCUCCAAUCGAUUUUUUCUUGUUGCGGUGUUACUUUCCAUAAUCGGUCAAAUAGCUGUUAUUUAUUUUCCACCAUUACAAUACGUAUUCCAAACCGAAGCACUUAGUGCAUCAGGUAUUUGA